GCGGCUGCUACAGGCAGGCAGUUGAGUUGGGCUGGGAGCCGCGGACGGACACCUGUGAGCAGAGACCGCAGCCUCGUCAGUAAGUCCCUGGAACAGCCGUGUCACCUGCUGCGUGACCAGUGAGUCCGGUUCCGAGCCUGGAAGCGCCGCACCUGGCCGGAUUCGGAAGGCGGAUUCUUCGCACAGUUUAGCAGCUCGGGCUCAGGGGACCUGCCCCCUGUCCUGCCCCAGGGCAUGUGGCUGCUGGAGAAGAUCCGUGGCUCGGUGGAGGGGAACGUCCCGCGUCACGGCGAGGCUGCGGACAAGCAGGGCAAGGCCCCCGUCUACAGCAACGUCCUGACGCCUGACAAGAUCCCCGACUUCUUCAUCCCCCCGAAACUGGUCUGCUGCCCCCCGGAGGCCGAAGCCGACGUGAAGCCCAAGUCCAGCCUGCGGGUGUCGAGCUCGGAGCAGGCGAUCGGCACCAGGAAGCCGCAGGGCAGCCCGCGGCUGGGCAGCAAGCUGGCGGGAGACGCCAAGAGCCUGCUCAAGGCCGCCAACCGCCACAUCAUCCAGAUCGAGACGGCGGACGAGGUCGUGGCCGGAGACCCGGGCGACCUCGACACCAACGCGGACCCCCAGUCCCAGACGGCCAUGUCGCUGCCCUAUGUCCCCAAGACGCAGACGUCCUACGGCUUUGCCACGCUGAUGGAGAGCCCGCACACGCGGCGCAAGGAGUCCCUCUUCCACACGGACCACACCAGCCCCGUGACCUCGCCCAGCUCCCAGCGCAAGAAAGCCGCGGGCAAGGCCAACGGGGAGGGCCACCACCUCAACCCCCCCGACUUCAACAUGGCGGUGGCCAACCCCUACCGCUACUUCAGCGGCGGCGAGAGCGACACCUGCUCCUCAGCCGAGUCCUCGCCCUUCAGCUCGCCGCUGCUGUCCCGCUCCGCCUCGCUGCUCAAGCUCUUCACCCACGAGACGCAGGCCAAGGUGGCCAAGGCCAAGCACACCUUCGCUCGGCACAGCUCCCUCUCCACGGACGAGUGCAGCUCGGCCGACACCAGCCCCAACGUGCAGCGCCGGAUCCGCUGCCCGACCCCUCCGCCGCCCACGGGGGGCGGCGCCGGGCACAUGGCCGGCGGCCUGGACCACCUGCACGCGCAGGACCGGCUGCACUGGGAGCACACUCUCGCCUUGCACAAGGGCGGUACCCUGCGGCUCAGCGCCGACUACGACGCCGGCGCCGCCCGCCUGCGGAUCCGCGUGAUCGCGGCGGAGGACCUCUACGACAAGCUCUUCGACAUCAAGAGCAUCAACUGCUGCGUGGCCCUGUACCUCAACCCGGGCAAGCUGCAGAAGCAGAGGAGCACCAUCAUCAAGAACAGCCGCAACCCCGUCUUCAAUGAGGACUUCUUCUUCGACGCCGUGCCCUGCGUGCAGAUCAAGAACCUCGCCGUCAAGAUCAAGGUGGUCAACAAGGGCACCAGCCUGAAGAGGGACACCCUGCUGGGCGAGCAGGAGAUCCCCCUGGCCAAGCUGCUCUCGGGGCUCUAGGACCCCCCAGGCUGGCUCCCCCCUUGCUCGAUUUCCUCUUUGUCGUCCCCCCCGUGUCUGUCCAGUUCUGAAAUGUUGACGUUUGUUGCUGUAGGUUCGGGUGCUCCAGGCAUGGGCUCGGGAGCUACCCAGGCUUCUCCUGUUCCAUCCUGUUGCAGGAUUUGCACUCUAAAUGUCACCAUGGUCUUGUGGCCUCAGUUUAACCAGAUAGACCAGAGGGUCCUGGCUUGGAGCAGUCCAGUCCAGCCUGGCCCGGCUGAAGGGCUCCUGCGUGCUGUCCCAGACCCGGCCCCUUGCAUGCGUAGGUCGGGGUGGUGGGGCAUGGGGGCGGCGUGCGCCCGUGCUCGGCCGGUGGUCUGCAGAGGUCUGACGUCAAAGAGGACUUGAGAGCCGCAAGCGCCAGGCCCUGUUUCUGCACCUGUGGGGACCCCCAGGGGACCGUCCUGCCUCUGGUGAGGCUUUCCCAGGGGGAACCACAGCAAUGUCCUGCGUGGAGUGGGCUUGACAUCCUGCCAGCGGCACCCCUGUCGGACUUGGUGGUUUGCGUUUUUGCAGGAUCUUUUGGGAUUUUCAGUUCAGGAAGCCCUUUCUCACACAAGGACACCCAGAAGCCUUACAGAGUAAAUGUUGUACAAGGAUUUCCAGGAGCCUCAUUGUGUCUUGCCAAAACCUCCUGUAGAGGUGGAGUAGAGGGAUGUGUAUCUUAGUUCAGAAUGCUUGUAUGCUGCUGUUAUUUCAGACCUGUCUUUUUGCUUUUCUCCUCUAAAGCAGCAGGUGAGGAGGCUGGGAAAGUACUGACUUGCUGUGGGGUGGGCCUCGGCCCUUGACAUCACAUGUGCUGGACAAAGUAUUCUCACACACGCACACACACUGCUGCAGAGCUGAGCCCCCAGCCUGCUUCUCACUCUGUCCCUCCCCACGGGGUCAGUGGGCUGUCGGCACUGCUGUCAUAUUGCCCCCUGUGCUCAUUGCGGGCAAACUGCACUACCCUACUUCCAUUUACACGGUAACCAAGACGGGUCCUCUGGGGCUCUGUUCCUGUAGCCCCUACUCGCCACCCCAGAAGCAUCAGGUCCCAAAUCCAGCAGAUCAUUUCUACCACUGUGGUCCUUUGAUUAGACAUUGAGGCCUUGCUGCGAUGUGAGCAAGGAGUUUAACGGUUUCCUGUUUCUACCAGGGCUGGUCCAAACGGCAGCAGGCGCUUCGGUAUAAAGGGGAAGGGUAUUUCUCCUCUCCUGCAGACCGUACACGUCGGUCUCUCCUUCCUCUGACCGCAGCCGAGCGGGGGGCCGGGUCUGCGAAGCUGAAGCCGUGACGCCCUGGCCAGCACACGCGCGCUCUGGGUGGUCCCAAGGCGGGGAGGGUUUUAUUUCUGGAGCAGGACAUGAAAGUUAAGAACUCAAAGUCCAAAUCCAUAAACAAAACUUGAAUCAAGUGUUCUUCUUCAGUAGCUGUUGUACCUCUACAGUGGAAACUAGUGGCAGCUGGCGGUUAGGGCCGGUCUCCCCUUGCAGUUGGGGAAGGGAAAAGGUUACAGACCCGCAUGUUCUUGCUUAUUAAGUGUAUUUUAAUGCGCUGGAAUGUUUCUGUAUUAAGUGAUUUUUUUUUUCUCGGAGCAUGUGGUGUUGAAAGUACCUGCCCGUCCCUCUGCGCUGCGUGUUUAAUGCAUUAAGAGCGACACCGUUCCCAGGUUCAUUAGAGCACGGCCGGACUGGUUCUGUUUAAUUUCCCAUUAGCGUGCAGCGGCAGGCGAAGAUGGUCUCUAAUUAUUCCAUCCAGGAGGCUCUUUAAUCAUGGAGGGGGGGGGGGAGCUUUUGAUUGGCAGGAAUGUCUCCGAUUAAAAGCUGAAAGUAGCUCCCACUGAAGGGAAGAGGGAGCGUCUGGCCGGGCGAGGAGUGAAAUUGCUUCUCUCAUCGCAGAUCAUGUUUCUGCAGCGCAGAUUAAAGUUGGCGCAUUAAACCGCCUAAACGAAUUCCUCGUCCUGCAGGAGGAAUUAGUGCUUUCUGGGCGCUCGGUGUAUUUGAAGAUGUUGGAUGUGAAGUGUUUGAUCUGGGUUCUGUUGUUGGCGCGUGAUGUGAGCAUGCAACUUUUUAUACUGUAAAGUCCCGAGCUAGUGGCCUGAUAUUGAUUGUUCUAAUUGUAUUGUGUAAUUGUACACAUGUUUACGGAGAGCGCUGCCUCAAUUAAAAAUGAAGCAUUGUGCAGAUUCA